AAGCAUUUCAACGUUUAACAGCUGGCAAAAAGUAACCAACCCACGGCGGUCUCAACAAAUUACAACACUUUUCUGUACUCGAAGUUUUGGGUGUAGACAUUAAUCCAGAAAUUGAAGAUUUGCGGAAGUAGUACACAAUCGAUUAAGGCUACAAUCUGCAAUAUGAAACUGCAACUAAUUGCGCUGUUGUGCAGCGUCGUCGUCUUGGCACAGGCCCAAAACUAUCCGCCACGGCUGAACAUUCCGGGCGCAUUGCCAUCACCGACACAGAUCCCACACCGGCAACAGCAGGUGCUUCGCGUGCGUCGUCCUUUAGCGCCGCAGCGUCAGCAGCACACAAUCUUGCCAGCGGUCACGCAACGCAUUGCGCUCGAGGAGCGACCCGUCACCGAACCCGCUGAGGAUGAGCAGCCAGAUGUGUUUCUGCCCAAUCUGCUGCGUGAACAACAACUGGCGCAGGCACAGCAGUCACAGUUUCAGCAGGCAGCUGCUGCCUUCCUAAAUGGUCAGCAGCAAAUUGAACAGGCUACGCCGAUCCAACAUCUACUUCAGCAUGAGGACAGUCAGCCGACAGCAAUAUUGCCAGCGCCGCCACGUUUCGCCGAGCGUCCUGCACCUGCCACGCCAAUCAACCGGCCGGCCUUCAAUGACUUUGGCAUCGGACGAUUCGAAACCUCUCAGCGCUUUGGUGUGGAGCGACCAGCUCCUACCGUGGCAGCGGUGGCACCACUACAGCCACAACGCACCGCCGUCAUACGCAACCGUCCCUCGGCUGUAGUGCGUCCAGAGCCCCCAGCACCGCUGCCAGUGUCGCGACCCAGGCCCAAGCCCAUCCAGCCGCGACCCAUCAUCGAUCAGAAUCAGCUCAACGAUGAACACCAUUCACAGCAGCAGCAGCAGCGUCGGCAACGACCCGUUGCGCAGACCAUUCGCAAGUGGCGUGAUGAGAACGAGGAUGGCAGCAUCACCUGGGGCUAUGAGAACGAUGAUGGCUCUUUCAAGGAAGAGAUAAUUGGCAUCGACUGCGUAACUAAGGGAACCUAUGGCUACAUUGAUCCCGAUGGCAACAAACGGGAGUACAACUAUGAGACGGGUAUCAGGUGCGAUCCCAACGCCCGCAACAAUGAGGAUGAGCUACAGGAGAAUGGCUUCGUCAACUACGAGGAGAAUCGCGCUGUAUUACCGAAUGGCGUGGAGAUUGACAUGACGCAACUGGGGAAGAAGAAGUCCAAACGUCCAAGCAGUAUCUACAGAAAUUAA